CCAUUCGAACACGGUUUUGUUCUUCUUGGUGGAUUUAGAAUUUUCACAAACCAUACAUAAACCAGUCCAUGGCAAAUUAUUGAUCAAAUCUGGUUUAUUCCCGACCUUUUUCCACUUGUAAACCUGAUCAUUCGACCAGUCAUGAUGAAAGUUGUGUCACCUCGUACACGGUCGAAUUCAAUCACUGAGAAGGUGUUCCGACGAGUCUAUAGCAAUUUUAACAUCUCAACGGUCGAAGAUGAGUAUAUCCAUCGUCAAAGAUCAAGUGAUUAUGAGAAGGAGAGUCGUCUAAGGAAGAGAGGAUUAGAAGAAAAAGAAGAAGUCAUGGAGAUGGAGCAGAUGGGAGCAGAGAGGAUCAAAACUGUUCUUAUUCUCAUGAGUGACACCGGCGGUGGCCACCGUGCUUCCGCCGAGGCCAUCCGUGACGCUUUCAAGAUCGAAUUCGGAGAUGACUAUCGGAUAAUCAUAAAAGAUGUUUGGAAAGAAUACACUGGAUGGCCAUUGAACGACAUGGAGAGACAGUACAAGUUCAUGGUAAAACAUGUUGGUCUUUGGUCAGUCGCGUUUCAUGGUACCUCUCCCAAAUGGAUCCACAAAAGUUAUCUAAGUGCUCUUGCCGCUUAUUAUGCCAAAGAAAUAGAGGCUGGUUUAAUGGAGUACAAACCGGAUAUUAUUAUUAGCGUACACCCUUUGAUGCAACACAUACCAUUGUGGGUAAUGAAAUGGCAAGGACUUCAUAAGAAAGUCAUUUUCGUGACGGUUAUCACUGAUCUAAAUACUUGCCACCGUACAUGGUUCCAUCAUGGAGUCAGCAGAUGUUAUUGUCCGUCGAAAGAGGUUGCAAAGAGAGCAUUAGUAGACGGCCUUGAUGAUUCUCAAAUUCGUGUCUUUGGCUUACCCGUCCGCCCAUCUUUCCCUCGUACAAUUAUCUACAAGGAUGAACUAAGGAGAGAGCUUGAAAUAGACUUAAAUUUACCUGCGGUUCUAUUAAUGGGAGGCGGUGAAGGAAUGGGUCCGGUUCAAAAAACCGCUCUAGCCCUUGGAGAUGCUUUAUACAACUCUAAAGAAAGAAAUCCAAUAGGACAAUUGAUUGUCAUAUGCGGCCGAAACAAAGUCCUUGCUUCAGCAUUAGCGUCCCAUGAAUGGAAGAUUCCGGUCAAGGUUCGUGGGUUUGAAACACAAAUGGAAAAAUGGAUGGGAGCUUGUGAUUGUAUCAUCACAAAGGCCGGUCCAGGUACGAUUGCAGAAGCAUUGAUUUGUGGUCUCCCAAUUAUCCUCAAUGACUAUAUUCCUGGACAGGAAAAAGGGAACGUGCCGUAUGUUGUGGACAAUGGAGCUGGAGUUUUCACCCGAAGUCCCAAAGAAACUGCGAAAAUUGUGGCUAAUUGGUUUAGCAACAAUAAAGAGGAACUAAAGAAAAUGUCAGAGAAUGCUCUAAAGUUGGCGCAACCUGAGGCCGUGUUCGACAUCGUGAAAGAUAUCCAUCAUCUAUCCCAACAACAACAACAACGUAUUCCACUUUUUAAUGAUUUUUCGUAUUGACGUCUUCUUUGUUAGACUAUAGGUUUCUCUUAUUUCAUGAUUCUUAUUAAUGUGUAUUGUCUAGUGCUUUGACAUUCUUUGAUCAACCUUUUUUAACAUUUAUAAUAUGUUUGUCCAUCACAUUUUAAAUUAUUUUCAUUGUGCUUGAAUGAAUUAGGUUUUGAGUA